GUGGGGCUGACCCCCCCCUUUCCCGCAGGGCUCCGGACAGAGCAGGAUCUCUAUGUGCGGCUCAUCGACUCCAUGUCCAAGCAGGCCAUCAUCUACGAGGGGCAGGACAAGAACCCCGAGAUGUGCCGGGUGCUGCUCACCCACGAGAUCAUGUGCAGCCGCUGCUGUGACAAGAAGAGCUGCGGGAACCGCAACGAGACCCCCUCGGACCCCGUGAUCAUCGACAGGCACGGGGGGGCACGGGGAGCACAGGGGGGGCACGG